GAGGAUAAGAUUAAAGUUAUGAUGAAUCAGUCGACCUACGACUCCAUGAAUUACAACAAGAAGUUUGGUACUGUACUUCCUGCAAACUACACCUGUUAUCGCUGUGGAAAUACUGGACACCACAUCAGGAACUGUCCCACCAGCGGGGUAAAAAAUCAGAGGGCCCUCUGAAAAUAAAGAAAAGCACAGCAUCCCUCGUUCCUUCAUGGUGAGGUGGAUGAUCCAAACAUAAAGGGAGCCAUGCUGACCAACUGUGGACGCUACGCGAUUCCCACCAUAGACGCUGAGGCAUACGCUAUUGGCAAGAAGGAGAGGCCUCCAUUUGGUCCACAGGAGGAGACUAAGUCAGAAGGCGAGGAGGAUCCUGUACCUGAGGAACUCCUCUGUCUGAUCUGCCAUGACCUGCUGAGUGACGCUGUGGUCAUACCCUGCUGUGGAAACAGCUACUGUGAUGACUGUAUUCGCACUGCCUUACUGGAUUCAGAGGAACACAUCUGCCCCACUUGUAGCCAAUCAGAUGUCUCACCUGAUACCCUGAUAGCCAAUAAAUUUCUCAGACAGGCUGUGGACAAUUUUAAGAAAGAGCGAAGCUUCACUAAAAGUCUGAGAAAAGGGUGUGGUACCUCCCAGUCCCAAAAUCCAACCCCGACACCAAGCCCUGUCCCCACCCCGCCCCCUCUCACUGUGCAGAGCCAACCACAGAAGCCUUACUUGCCAACCCACAGCCAGCAGGACCCUCUCCGCUCACAGGCUGCAGACACCCCACCGUUGUCUCAGGUGGGUGGGACUCCGCCCACAGAAACAGGCCCUGCCUCUGCUCCCAACACUCCAAGCACUUCCCUCCAGCCUGCACAAAGCCACCUGGAGAUACCUGACAAAGAGGCUGAAGAAAAGACACACGAAGACUCAGCAGCUGCUGCUGCCCCGUUUGUGCCAGUUUCCCCGGAAGAACCCACUGAUGCUCCAUCACAGCUGAUACCAACAGUUAUCCCUACUCCAGUGGCAGAACAGCCCCAGACAGUCGGUGUGAAUCUACAGCAGCCCUCCUCAGGUCCAGCCCCAAGACCCUAUGGGCCAUCAACAUCCUGGGAUAGCCCCUCUUCCUCCUCGGGUUGUCCUAUUGGAGGCCGGGAUGAGUCGAACACCCAACAGCCCCCUCCCACCUCCUCUUCUUAUCUAACAACUCCUCCACCUCCUCUCUUUCCCUCCCCUAAUUUCCACACAUUCCUCGCUGCUCAUCAGCCUCUCAGCAGUUACCCCCCUGGAUACCCACCCCCCGCGCCCAUCUGGACACUCCCAAACCUCCAGGCUGCCCCCAUCCCUUCCCUGUGCCCCUCUACCUCCAUCCCUGCCCUCAUCCCCAAGGAGUGGUACAGGCAUCAGAGAAAGAAGAAGGAAAGGUCACCUCACAGGGGAUCUUCCCACAGACGCUCCUCCCAUCGUUCUUAUUCAAAGUCUUCCAAGUCCAAGUCUUCUCGCUCGUACUCACGUUCUUCAAGCAGAUCCAGAUCCAGGUCCCAAGGCAGAUCAAGGCCCCAAUCUCCUUACUCCCGCGAAAGAGACCUCCAAACCCGCUCUCAUUCCUCCCACUCCUACAGCUAUGGUUACAAACGUUCCCCAACACCGUCCUCGUCAUCUUCACCUCGAGUCGGUUACCAUGCCAGGUCCAAGUCACCAUCAGGUCACCGCAAAAACAGCCAUCAUAGUCGGCAUCACAAUAAGAAAUCCGCUUCAAGCAGCUACAGCUCCAGGAGGCGAGGAGAAGACUCCCAGAGGGAAGCGGGGGGCUCGGGGGGAAGUUACCCGUAUGUUCAGCCCGCAAAUCAAAGUAGCAGCCUGGACCUGAACAGAGAGCGCUACCUGCAGUGGAAAAGGGAGUACAAAGAGUGGUAUGAUAAAUAUUUCAGCAGCUAUGUCGGCCACUUCCACCAGCUGCCUCUACCCCUCCUCAAUCUCCCUCCUCCUCCUCAGUGGGGGGACAGAGAAGGAACCGGAAAUCCCUCGCAUGCUAACUCCCUUUCACGCGACCAAUUCCAAGGUAGACGCGCCGCGCGGAUGGGCGGCUGCUCCCCUCCGUCGCAGUCAUCCAGUGACAGCCGCUCCCCUCCAUCUCAGUCUUCACAUGACAGCUGCUCCACGCCAUCUCAGUUCUCCAGUGACAGUCGCUCCUCUCCAUCUCAUUCGUCCAACGACAGCCGGUCCCCUGCCUCUCGGUCGUCCAGCAACGGACGCUCCACGCCAUCCGAAAACAGUGCUCCGCCAACGGCAUAUCAGCAGAGGUGCACGGAGAAGUCCAGCCGCCCGCCAAUCACACUUACAAAAGAGAGUAAGAAAGCGAAACUGCAUGAAAGAAGUGAGAACGAUAAGCAACUGAUGGCGAAGAAUUUGGAGAACCUCAGCACCUUAAAACAUGAGCAGAAGAGCAUGAAGAAACAUGAGGAAGGAAGAGGAGGGGAGUCAUCAUCAACUAAUACUGGACCAAUUGCCUGCAAGGAUGGCACCCCAGCACGGGACCAAGCAACUGGCAGCGAUGCCUUAGAACCAGUCCAAUCACUGGUGCAACCAGAUAAACAUUUGGAUAAAGACUGUGAAAGAAAAGGCAGAGAACAGAGGAAUUUGGAAAUUGAGAAAAAAUGGAAAAGAGGCAAACAUUCAGACUCCCGGCAGGAUGUGGGGAGACGGCACAGAGAAAGGCCCACUAAAGAGGCAAGCAGGGUGGAUCAAGACAGAUACAGAUACCCUGGAGGCAGUAGAGAUUAUGACUCAAGAUCAGAGAAGAAUAAAAAAAGAAAAAGAGAGGACAUUGAGAGAAGUUCUGCAAAGGCUCAAAGCAGCAAAUGCCUGGAAACUAAAGUUGCAGAGGACCCCAAAACCCGCAAGAGCGAAUCCCCGAAUCCAUUUGAGAGAACAAAGCCAAAAACGGAGAAGAAAAAGGAGCGGAAAACAUGUCCUCUGACAGAGAGAGAAAUCUGGGAGGGAGGCAUAAAGGUGAAACCACAGAAGAAGAUAAGCAUUAACAUAAACCUGGAAGGAACGAGGAAGGACGAGAAAAUUGAAAGUCGGGACAUGUCUUAUUCAGAGAGCAACACAGGAAAAUCAAAGGGAGGAAUCAAGAAGGCUGGUGAUGGAGAGGAGGAGAAGUUAAUUGGAGGAGAGACAAUGAACACAAAUGAAAAGAAUGAAUCCAGCAGAGACAUGGACGGUUUGUCUGAAGAAAAAAUCAAACCAGGUGAAGGAGAGGCAAGACAGAAAUGGGAGAAAGCUACCUUCAGAGAUGAUAUGGGAGAGAUGUUGAAGAAAAUUGCAGGAGAGAACAAAGAUAUUGGAGAGAAGAAAGAGGACAGAGAAAAAGACUUUGACUUAUGGCACAGCCCCCUUAGAACAGUGGAGGAGGAAAGGGAGAGAAAGGAAGGACAAACGAUGGGAGAGUUAUUCGCAGGUCCCGGGAAGGAGAGGGCAGAGGGAGAAAGCACAUAUCAGGAAGACCGAGCAGUCCCACCAGGGGAGUCUAAGCCAAAGGAGAAGCUGAUAAAGGCAGUGAAGCAGAGGAUGGGGAAAGAAGAAGAAGUAGAAGAAGAAGACGACAACAAUACAAUGAGAUCCGAGUCACAAAGGGGCAGAAAGGAGAGCCACCAUGACACACCAAACACUGUGGUGCAAGAUGGCAGCAGCUACGAGGAUCACCAGGAGCGGAACACAGGGUUGGAAACUCUGGAAGAGUACACCCAGGACAGAGCUGAGGGCGAGCUCACACUCACACAGGUCCCUCACUCCAAAUGGGAGAAGGAAGAGUCUGAGGAAGAGGAGCGGGUUGAAGGAGUGAUCAAAGUUCACACAGCUGCUCUUGCAAUGUUUCUGCCUUCACUGUCCAUGUCCGUGACGACAGAGACAACAACCAACAGGGAUACAGAGAAUGAAGAGAAGAGAGAGAGGUCAGUGGAAACGGAGAUAGAGGAGGCCAGCGCGAUGGCGAGAGGCAGGGACAGGGAGAGAGAGAGAGAGAAAACCCCCAUUUUGUCAAGUUCACAGAGAAGUGUGGUUCCCUCUAGUGGCAAAGACAGAACUGAAGGCGCCUUGUGCACAGACAGAGACGGGGAGAAGAGGAUGGAGAAACACAGGGACAGAGAGAGAGGGAGGGAGAGUGAGAGGCAGAAAGAGAGCAAAAGAUCAAAAGAAAGAGCAAGGGAGGAAGAGAAUGGGAGAGACAGAAAGAGAGAGAGAGGGCACAGCAGCAUUGCCUCCGCCCAAAAGAGGAAUCCUCCCUCCUCUUCUCACUCCUUCUCUUAUUUGACACCGACACAUGACACAGAGAGGAGAGACAGGCAGAGAGGGGGCGACACGGACAGCAACAAGAGUUCCUCCUCUCCCGGUGGGAAAUUUUCUGGUGGCAGAAGCAGGGAAUGCAGAGCUGCUGGACCUCUUGGUCAAAAUACCCACAAAUCAAACAGAGACACGCCACUGGAUUCUAAAUUUAAAGACAAAGACCAUCCCCACUACUACAACAGUCACCAAGAUCCAUCAGGGAUCUACAGACCUGCAGGGACCCACCAUUCCCCACCUUCCCUCUCUCACAGCCGGGGUAAGGAGAGAGACCAACUGUCCUCCGGGGCAGAGCUGGGUAAGCCCAGAAUAAGCAGCCCUGGUCAGGAGUUCAUGCAGACCAGAAGAAGAAAUGAGAGCAAGGUUGAAAAGGAGGAGUGGAAGCAAAGGAAGGCAAUCAAAGGCAAAGGAGAGAGAGAAACUCAAGAGAUGGUGUCUGAGAGAGAAGGAGGUCGUCAAUGCAAGGAUGAAGCCGACAAAUUGGACGGACAGACCAAGUGGGAGGGAGGGAGAGAGCUGGAGGAAGGGGAGAGGCCCAGCAGCCGUAGCCGCAGCAACAGCGUCAGUUCAUCAGCAAGCCAGGAGAACGGCAGGGACGACGGGAGAAAAGAGAAGAAGAACCAAAAGAAGCGCCAAAAGGAGAAGAGACGAGCCUCCCCAGAGCUGCUGGAGGAAGGGGAGCUGAAGAAACAAAAACACAAGAAGAAGCCGUCAAAGACGAGCAGAGACGGGGAGGAAGAGGACAGUAGUGCAGGGGUGGAAGACAGGUAGAAAGAGGAGGAAGACCACGCCAAGCUCUGCUCAGUUAUGUGACGUUGGCUCUCAGAUAAAAGAAAAUGAAAAUUACUUGAAUGAUGUUUUUCCUUUCUCUGUCCAAAAAGUACCUGGAUUUAUUUUUUCAACUUUAUUUAGUUUUGCCAGGACACUUUUUGUAUCACCUUAAGAUAUGUCGUAUCAAAUAUGCAUCAUCCAAACUGAAAGUGAACAAAAUGUGAAGGAAGAGCACUUUAUACUAUACAUAAGAAUGUGAAUGGAAGCAAAUGUUAAACCUAGGACCUCUUGAAUUAUUUAGAGUUCAAGGAAUUUGCACAUGCUCCAACUUGCUCAGGACUGCCACCAGCUAUGGUUUAUAUACCGAACCUGUGACGUUACUUGUGAUGUAGCUUGCAUGGAGGAUAUCUUUUACUUUGACAAGAGGCCAGUCAGUAAUUUGAUUUGCCUAACACAGAAGCACAGGAGUGUAUAUAGAAGAUUAUUGAAGAGUUUAUGAUUAAUUUGAAACACACUGUGAAUGUUUAUGAUUUGAACCUCUUGUGUUGUAUUUUAUUUUGUAAUAUUUAAUUUAAAAACAACUGCUGGAUGGAUAAAAUAUGUACCAGAGUAAAGUUUAAUUUUUCCUGUUUUGAAGGAAAUAAAAA